AUGCUUUUCUUCCCAACUCAACUCCUAGCCCUGGCGUCAGCCUUGCCCGUUGCCCUGGCAUGCCUGGGCUACGAGGGCGGCGUCCCAGCGGCUACCACUACGCACUCGAACUCGGCUCCCAUCAGGGUGAAGGCUGGAACGGUCUACGACUGCGGUUGGGCCAGGUAUGAUCGAGGCUCCGGCGCCUGUGGUGAGGGUGAAGGCGGUGAUGCCGACGCCGUCUUCCUGGUUGAGGCUGGUGGAACGCUCCGAAACUGCAUCAUUGGCAAGAACCAACAAGAAGGAGUUCACUGCCUGGGGGCUUGCAACCUCGAAUUCAUCUGGUUUGAGGAUGUCUGUGAGGAUGCCAUCACAAUCAAAGGAGACAAAGCUGGCCAAGAGUCAUGGAUCGUGGGGGGUGGCGCAUACCACGCUUCGGACAAGGUGGUUCAACACAACGGCUGCGGUACCGUGAACAUCAUCAACUUCUAUGCUUCAGACUACGGCAAGGUCUACCGGUCGUGUGGAAACUGCUCUAGCCAAUGCAAGCGCAACGUCUACAUCGAGGGCGUUACUGCCAGGAAGGGCGGCGGCAAGGCCGGCGACGUCUGCGGAAUCAACGCCAACUACGGCGACACCUGCACGCUCAAGAACGUCUGCACUGACGCCUCCAGCCCUUGUGUGCUAUACAAUGGCUGCAACAACAGCUGCGAGCCGGCAAAGGUUGGAACUUGCUCGGGCUGA